AUGUAUACAGAAACAAAAAACGAUUUAUUAACACCAGUAACUGGAAUUUAUCAACAAAAUUUAGUACAAUAUAAAAGAAAAAAAGGAACAACUGAAGAGGUACCAAUAUUCAACUACAUAAGAUCAACGGCUUGUCGUCGUAGAUCAUCCGUUCUUCCACCAAUUCCAAAAACAUUAGAAGAUAUUGUCAUACCUGACAAUUUGAAAUUUUUUGAGAAUGGUAAUCCUUUUGUUAUAUUUGAUAAUGCAGUACCAAAUCCUCUUAUUAUAUUAUGUUCUCUAGAAGCAUUAAUUACACUUAGUAAAUGCUUUUAUUGGCUUGCUGAUAGAACUUUUCGAAGUGCACCACAAAAAUUUGUUCAAUCAUAUUCAAUUCAUGGCCGUACUGAAUGGGGAAUACAUCCAUUUGUUCACAUCGCAAUGUCCGGUCAUAAACAAGAACAAUAUGAAUUGCUUUUUCAAGGUUUAUUUGAUUAUGCAAAAAGAAUGAUAUUAAACUGCAACCUAUCAAUAUAA